AUGGCGAAAGGCGAAGUCGAUGCUCAGCAAGAGCUAGAGGAUGCAUUUGAAGCGAAAGAUUUGGUUCGAUUUAAACGUGCUAUCAGCCAUGGAGCUCAGCCUAACCUCAGCUUCAAAAGAGAUGAGGACAAUCAAAUGACCAUCUUUGAGAAAGCCCUAUCAACAAGAGACUGUGCUAGAUUUAUAGAAGCGUCUCUCGAUGCUGGCUGCGAUCCCAAUUACGUUAAUCCGAAGCUUAAUAAAGCUGCCAUCCACUAUGCAAUCGAUUCAAGAAGUGCGCACAAUCUUUACGUACUGGUGAAUCGACCCAACGUCAAAGUAGAUGUAGAUCGAAAGUACGAGGGGGAAACAACAUUAAGUAGAUUAAUCAAAAUUCUAAAAGCAAAGAAUGCCCACCGUCUCACUAUCGCCAUUCGAUUGCUAUUGAACCAAGGUGCUUCGCCAAAUAUUGUCGAUUCAGAUGGCAAAACUCUCAUGCAACAAGUGCUACUCAACGAAACAAUCUCGGAAGAAAAACGAACAAGUUUGAUCUUAGAGUUCCUAAAAGCGCCCGAACUCAGUCGGUUCAAUUAUCUCGAAGGACUCGAUUUUUUAUUGACGCAUUCUCUCGACGGUGAAAGUGACCAGCUCUACUAUCUCCUAGUGCGUCCGCUACUCAGUCAGCCUAUUCUGCCAAUGCUCGACACUUUGUCGCAAUACCAAAUUAACAUCGUAAACUGGGAUAAUAAGAAAAUGUUGCGAGCUUUGCUUAUGGAGCACAUCACAAAGCAUACUAAGAAUGCAUUCGAAGCAGUGCUUGCCACCCUGGAAAAGAAUUCGCCUCAGGAAAAUGAGUAUCUUGUGGAGUUGGCUAUCGAAGAUGGUAGCUGGUCAACUGUUCUACAAUUGCUUAAGAGCGUAUAUCUCAAGCUGGUCCCCAAGGGCACGCUUUUAAAAACAAUGAUUAAGCAGGUGAAAUUGAAGCCGCUGAUCAAUUACCUGGAGAGCAACGAAUACCAGGAAUGUUUGCUGCAAUUGCUUAAGGUUCAGCGGCAGUAUAUAAACGACUUCGAUGAUCAGCACAAAACGCCUUUGCAUUAUGCGGUGCUCUGUCGCAAUGAGAUUGCCAUAAGAGUGCUCUUGAGGGAGGGCGCCAGAUUGGGAGUGCGCAAUGGCAAGAAUCGCUUGUUGAUCGAGGAUAUCGAUGCCAAGCUUCUGGAGGAGCAUUUCGAUUACUGCAUCACUGGGCGAGGCGAGAAGACCAGCCACGAGGAUUACGAGAUCAUCAUGAACUGUCUGAAUAUGACCAACAACUACAACGAACUUGAUAUUGCUCCCAUUGCCUGCAUGGCUCGGUCGAAGGAGCUGUGUCCGCUGCUGGAGCAUCCGUUGAUCACCUGCUUUCUAAAGCUAAAGUGGAGUCGACUCACCACCAUCUUCUUCACCCACUUUAUCAUCUAUAUCAUCUUAAGUUUGAUCUUGUGGGUCCAUAUUCGCUUGCGAUUCCCUGACCGUCAUAACAACGAGCUUCCUAUACAGAUAGUUAUGAUUCUGUUCAAAGUGCUGAUUGGUUAUGUUUUUAUUGCUGAAGUCUUCUCUUAUAAGAUGGUCAAGCAUCGACCCAGUUUCAUAGAUUUCCCUUUGAUUUCUAUGCUCAUCCUCACAAACAUCGAGUGGGAAGAUCACAUCCACAUCCAAAAGAUUAUUGCCGUCUUCGCCAUCAUGUUGAUGGGCAUCAAGCUGAUGAAUCUUAUUGGUGCCCUACCUGUGCCUGCCAUAUCGACGCACAUGCUCAUACUACGCCAGGUGGGCAGUACUUUCGCAAAGAGCUUGUUGCAGUACUCCAUGCUGUUGUACAGCUUCAGUUUGUGCUUCUAUGUGCUGUUUUCCAAACCGAGUUCUACGGAUUCAGCGAAUUCUACAAAUUCAGCGAAUUCUACAAAUUCAGCGAAUUCUACGGAUUUAGCGAACUCAACUAUUAAAGAGUUUAGUCUCUCUUAUUCGGAUCUCGAUUUAUCGUUUAUCAAGACACUUGUUAUGUUCAAUGGUGAAUAUGAUGAAAGCGGCUUUAAUGGAUAUUUCACUAGUUUUGUGGUGAUCAUAUUCAUGUUUAUGGUCAUGGUCCUGACCAAUUUACUGGGUGGCCUGGCUGUUGACGAUACCCAGACUAUUCGGGCUCAAGUGGAACUCAAUGCUGCCAUUUGUCGAACAAAUCUGUUGUACAGCUAUGAAGGACUCUUAGACGGGAAUUGGCCUCGAUUGGAACGUGGGCUUCGCAUCUUUAAGAAACUGAUGAGAAUCCAUGCAGAAUCUACCUAUGGCUAUGUAUCCAUAUUUCCAAACCAAGAGAAUCGGGUGGAGGUGUACAGUCAAAGGCAUAGAAAUCAGAGUAUUGAAAGUCUUGCGGAUGAAGGAGAUAAUGUCCUCUUGGGUAAAGUAUUUAUCGAUCAUGAAGAUGGUGCAAGCGGUUCCGAAUCCGAAAUGGAUGAGGCGGAGGAUUUGAACCUCCAUUUCAAUAAAGAAGUGGAUGCCAAUGAAGUAACUUUCUCCCAGCCUUGUGUAUCGAAUAAACACCACUCUUACGAUAAUAUAACAAUUGACAAUCAGACUGUUGUCCGAGCUCUUAAAAUUAUUAAAGAAAAAGAAAAAAAAAGAUGUUGAAGAACAACGCGAAGAGUUCAGAGAACAACGACUUGAGGAUAUGAGGAUGCUAUUGAAGGAGAUCAAAAACCAGUUGGACUCUAAGAAUCCAGCCAAAUGAGUACAUUAACAACAAUUUAUAAAAGCAAGUAUAUAAAGAUUUAUUUGUUCAUUUACU